CUUCCUCUCCUCUCUCUCCGCCUCCACCUCCACCUCUUCCUUUUCCUCUUCUCGUCUUCUGUUCAAACCUAAUCUUAUCUUCCUCUCCACUAGUCACUCCUCCCCCGCUCGCUCGUGCUCCCCUUCCCUGGCUGGAGCAGCACUCUAUCCAACCCACUCGCUACGGGCGCAAGACGGGAUGAGUGCAGGGACACGCCACGCCCGACGAGGACGACCGAGCUGUGGGAAAUGGAGUUUGAGGUCAUCCUGGAGAACGAGCAGCAAUUCUGGGACGAAAUCCAAGAGAUCGUUUCCGCCCCUUGCUCCUCGGAAGACCAUAUCGACAAUGCACUCCGAUCGUAUCUGAGCUUGGCUACAAAGUACAAAGAUGAAUACCUCCAAGGCGAGUUGGAUGUUACGCGGUGCCUGUACAAGCUCCUGGCGUCCAAAGUGUUCGAAUCGCAUACAGACUAUGUCCGACGGCAGAUGAUCUAUUGUUUGUUGCAGGACGACGACCCGGCUACGCUUCAUCUCAUCGCCUCGUUCUUGCUCUUCGAUGGUCGACAGCAUGAGGUGGCUUUUCGGAUGAUGAAUGAAGAGGGUUCAUUCCCACGGUUGCUGGAAUUGCUGCAGAUACGCAAUCGGUCGGAGGAGGAUGAGAGCAUGCCGGCGGGCCUGCAUCGGCUUCUCAUGGACUUGAUGUACGAGAUGUCGCGGAUACAACGGGUGAAAAUUGAGGAUUUGGUUCUGGUGGACGACGACUUUGUUCGCGGCCUGUUUGACAUUAUCGAGGAUCUCUCCUACGACGUCAAUGAUCCUUAUCACUACCCCGUCAUCCGUGUUCUGCUGGUCCUGAACGAGCAAUUCAUGAUCUCGGCGCACGACCCCGUUGACGAGCAGUCGCCCAUGAAUGUCCUGACCAAUAAAGUCAUCAAGGUCUUGUCGAUGCAUGGGAAUAUGUACAAGACCUUUGGCGAGAACAUAAUUCUUCUCAUCAACCGAGAAGGCGAAACGUCACUCCAGCUUCUGACGCUCAAGCUUCUAUACCUCAUCUUCACUACUCCGAGUACCUACGAAUACUUUUACACAAACGAUUUGCAUGUCCUGGUUGACAUUUUGAUUCGAAACUUGCUGGAUCUGCCGGAAGAGUCGUCCGCCCUUCGACACACCUACCUCCGAGUUCUCUAUCCGCUGCUCGCCCAUACGCAGUUGCGACUGCCGCCCUACUACAAACGUGAUGAUAUCAAGCGGAUGCUCAGUAUCCUGGUUAACGGUCAGCUCUUCGACAGUGAGGCGGACCAAGAGAAGAUCAUGCACUUUGACGAUGCAGAUGAAACCACGCGGAGGCUGGUUCUCCGGUGCGCAGCCGUGGACUGGAUUCGGGAGGCGGAGUCGAAGGAGGCUCGGAAGGACGCCCUGACACCAAUCAAAACCGCCGACGUCAAUGAUGACGAGCCGCCUGAAGGUGAGUUUGAUGUGUCGCUGGAGUUGUCCCAGACGCUCUCCCCGACGAGCACUGCGGACAGUUCUUCGGAGAAUCUGUCUCCUACCCGUGUCGAUGAUGAGGCUGGAACGGGCUAUAGUAAGCCAUACGCGCACCGUAAGCUUAGUCAGGCGCAAAGACUGGGCAUGCACUUGGAGCCGGCCUCAUCAUCUUCGCUUAGCGUGCAGGAGGUGGCAUCGCAACAUGAAAAGCCGGGUGUGAUCACACCGAGCCGCAACAACACUUACUCGGACCGUCCUCUCAGUCCAUUGAAGAGCAGAGUGAAAGUCAAACCGCUUCCCCCAAAGACCCGUCGCUGGAGGGGCCGUCCCAGGGCUGAGGAUGACGACCACGCGGAUAGGAUCCCGGAGGAUCGAGAGAUCCAAAUCACCAGUCCGCUACCCCCGCCUCCUACGGGUGGAGCGGGUGAUCGGCGGAAUUCCACCAGCACAUCAAGCUUAGACGUACCUGUUCCCCGGGUCACGCGUCGGUCCGCCUCCAAUCCCCCGCCAGCGGUUCCUCCACCGCGACGAUCGACCCAUCCCGCUGUGCCUGGCGCCGCCACCCUCUCGGUGUCCAGCCACUGUACGCCGCUCACUAGUCCAUCGCGAGUCGUCCCCCAGCUCCAUCACCAUAAUGUCAGCGCCUCAGGGAGCGGGAGCAGCUUGGUUAACAUGGUUUCCAACUCCAAGCAUGGUCAAAAACCGGAGCCUCCCAAGACCCGUCGUUGGGGACGGGGCAGACACACCCCGGGGGAUCCCUCACAACGACCGGAGUCACCCGCCGAGCACGAAGCGCCGACUCCUCUGAGUGGAGUUGAUCCUUGCGACGAGCAGCAGGACCACGCUGUAGGACUGCCCUCGAUCUUGGGGGUGAAGUCUGGAGGGCCUGUCAGUGUUGAAGAAGCGGUGCAGAACAUGUCUCUAGAGGAAUAGCCUUUUUUUUUUCUCACUUAUUUGUCAUUUGGAGGGUAAUUUUGCAUUGGCAUAUCGGCGUGUGUCUUUAAUUGAGAGGUUUAUCUAUCUGGAUAAUGCAUUACUGAGG